GGAAAACAACAAGAUUGCACAUCUCAGCCUAACAACCUAAAUCACGACGUCCAUCACGGAGCUGUCCAGAAACCGAAGUACUUCAGUGCAGUGAUGGUACGGCGCUGGAAUACCCGGUUUGAUAGCAUACCCGCAAUUGUUCCCCUCUUACUUUGUCUAGGCCCUCUCGCUCACUGGUCCCCAUGCCGACAAACACAAUCAACCUUCAUUUGUCCCCGGCCACCACCGGAAGGCCUUGCCUCCAUGCGUAAACUGUCUGGCUUGCUCGGGGAAAUGAUGGACGAACAGCAUCCCGUGAAGACUUUUUGA